CAGAAACUCACUGAAGGGUGACUGCUACUGCAUGCAACAAAAUUACAGUUCUUAGUACAUAAACAUCACUGUGUAUGUGUUUUUUGUAGCCAGAUGACAUCUAUAUAUUAAUUAAGUAAAAAUGAUGUCUCUGAAAUAUAGAAAGAGAGUGGUUAAAUUUCACUUUUGGUUUCAGUAUUACUUUGAUAUCCACUGUGACUAUUUACAGGAAUGGCAUGCUGUAAACGACCAACUGACAAAGAGGAGAAGGAGCAUCUGAACUGCACUCUGUAACCCAAACAUGGCCAGCAAAUACUACUACGAACAAAAUGGUCUGAGGAUAGUGAUGGUUGGGAAGACUGGUAAUGGGAAGAGUGCCACUGGAAACACCAUUCUGGGACGACAAUGCUUUGAAUCAAAGUUCAGUGCAAAAUCUAUGACUGUAGACUGUGCUUCAGCCAAAGCUGUGGUGGAUGGGCAAAAGGUUGCUGUUAUCGACACCCCAGGCCUGUUUGACACCAGAUUUGGCAUGGACAAAACGGGUCAAGAUAUACGCCAAUGCAUCUCUUAUGCUCUUCCCGGACCCCAUAUAUUCCUGGUUGUCAUCAGGCUGGGCAGAUACACUGAAGAGGAAAAGCAGACGGUGCAAAAGAUUCAAGAAAUCUUUGGCCAGGCAGCAGAUAGAUAUAGCAUGGUUCUCUUCACUGGUGGUGACCUUCUUGAAGACACCACUAUUGAGGCAUUCUUGGAAGAUUGUUCUGAUCUGCAGGAACUCGUGGGCAGAUGUAACGGCCAGUACCAUGUCUUCAAUAACAAGAUAAAGGAUCACACUCAGGUCACUGAGCUGCUCCAGAAGAUCAGAUGUAUAGUCCAGAGGAACGGAGGAAGCCACUACACCAAUGAGAUGUUCCAAGAGGCAGAGAGGGCAAUCGAAGAGGAGAAACAACGCAUCCUGAAAGAGAAAGAGGAACAGAUACAAAAAGAGAGGGAGGAACUGGAGAGGAAACUUCAGAAAGAACAUGAAGAAAAGCUGAGGAAAUUUCAUGAGUUAUUCCAGGCUGAGCGAGAAAGGGAGAGAAGACAGAGAGAGUUGGAAAGAAGGAGAGAAAUGGAGAGAAGGGAGAGGGUGAGAAGAAGGGAGAUGGAGGAAAGAGAGGCAGAAAGGAGGAGAGAAGAACAGGAAAGACAGAGGGAGAUUGAAAAUAUGAAGAGACGUUUAGCGGAACAACGCGAAAGGGAAUUAGAAGAGGAAAGACAAAGGUUGAGAAGGCAAGCACAGCAGCAAGCUGAGUCAAAUGAUGAUUGUACAAUCCUCUGAUUUUGUUUUCCUGUCUUAAUGUGUGAGAUACUCAGCUGAGGUAAACUAUUUCACUAUUUAUCACUGCUACUAAUUAAGAGGAAAAAACAAUCAAACAUGCCUUUUCAUUAUAACACUAGAUGGUAACUGAUCAGCCAUAAACCUACUUUUAAAACUGAAUGCGAAAAAUCACUCCUCAUCCUAUUGAAAAUAGGACUGUCAAUGACAUGGACAACCAUAUUAUGAAAUACUACAACAGUUCAAGUUCUUUCUUUGUCAGGACCAGCUUGUUUAACAUGGAUACUAUGCAUCAAAUCAAUAUGACAUGGAGUUCCCCAGGGCUCAAUUCUCAGACUAUUUCUUUUAGCCAUUUCAACAAAUACAGGUAACCCGAAGUUCUUUGCCAGGAAACCAGUGUAUAAAAACCAACAAAAUAAAAAUCAAGAUUAAACACAUAAACAACUUAAGUGUAUGGGUACAUCAAAGAGUUAGGUACCAUGAAACAUUUCCUUCAAAAACUCACACAAUUAUUUCCAAUGGGCAACUCUCAGGCAAGUUCAGUUUUUGCUGCCAGAGUUUAAAGGACGAAAAAAAACCCUGAACCCUUCACAGUUGAACAUGCAUCAACGUGAUGAGGGAUAAGAACUACCUGUAAGACAGAAUCCAUCUUUAGCAAAAAAUUAUGUUAUACAUACCUUGAGUUUUGAGUUCCCCCAGCAGUGUGAGUUACUUCAGUGCAAAUUCUACUUUCUGCAUUCUUUGUAAAAUAACAACACAAGCAAUUCUUGGCACAAUCUGGAACACCACAGUACGUCUAGAGUGCACUAGAACCGAAAUAAAACUAGCACCAACCAGAACCACUGAAGACAGGACCAGUAAUAAUUAUCAACCACAUACUGUACAAGGUUUGUUGUACCUGGCUCAUGGAUGUUUUGAACUUGGCUCACCAUGCUUUGGCACUUGGCCGCUCUCACAUCUGGAUCUCUGUGAGAGAAGAGACUGCAGACCACUACAUGUGGCUGGUCUCCAGAGCUUUAGGUCUUGCUUCUUCCUGUUCUUCGCAGCAGUAUCCAAAGUUUUCUUUAGAUCUCUUUAAGAACGGGGAGAGAAGUCAACCUAAACAAAACUACCAAUAGCCAUGCCAUAAAAUCUACCUGUAUGAAGUUUACAAUGAUGAAUUUUUGGUGACAUUCAGUUGAUUAAAGGCAUACUUGACAGGGCUCAGGUGAGUCAAAUUAAAAUGCUCACCAUGGGAAAUUACAAAAAGUUGCAAGGAAGGAGUUUAGCAGAUGCAAAUAUUGUUAACAGAAUAAGAAUUCUUAUUUCAUUCUCUCUUCCUCCUUUGAUCCAAUGGCUGCUUGACGAUGAUUGACAAGUCUAAUUAUUUUGUAGAAACGUCAUGCAUUCGAAUGAAACCUUACAAACUGCUCUGAUUAUUAAACAUGUCAAUAAACCAGCUAUGCUAACAUUAAUCCUCAGCCAAAACAACAAAAGCAUUCAUUUCAUAGCUGUCACAAGCUAAGAAAAACUCGAUCACUGCAAAGUAACGCAUUGUAAUUACUGACAAAGCAAUCCCUGGCAGGAAAACUGUCCUGCCCUGCUGGCUGCACAUCAACAACUGUAGAUUCCAUCACAUAACGCAAACUAAUAGGCUAGGAGUUGAUUUAGUUCGGCACCAACGCAGCUGAAUUUAUUUGACCAAUUUAAAAUUGGUCUGUUAUUAAUCUCAGCUACAUAAACAUCCAGUCUGUUAUAAACACAUAAUACUUGAACAUGCAGAAUUUAUAUGACAUUUUUUACUCUACCAACUCCUGAAAGUGCUUUAAAACACUUCACACAUUGACCCAUUCACACACACAUUCAUACAAUAAUGACAUAUGCAGUGUGCUGACCUGCUCAUCAGAGGUGAAACAGAGCUUCUUAUAAAACACAGCCCACAAUAUUUCCAUGCUCAUUCACACAUGCACUCACACAACAUCUAGCAGAAUCUACCCUGUACCAUCUAUCAUCAGUAGCAAUUUGGAUCAGAGCUGGAAAGUGACUCAUAGACCUUCUGACUGGUCAAUGACCUGCUCUACCUUCUUAGCCACAGCUGCUCCUAAAAUGAUGCCUUGACAGUGCUUACUUAGGACCACACUGCACUGACAGCGGUGACUGUUCUGACCUCUGCCUUGUUCCAGCUGUGUCCAGAUUAGAUGAUCCUGACUAACCAGGGAGCAGCAUUUGAACCUUCUCUCAUGCAUUCCCCAUGUCCACCAACGUCACCUUACGCUGGUGGAAGCCUGCAAGUGGGCUAAGGAGAAUGCUGUGGGCAACAGACCAGCAGAGAUAUAACAGUCAAGAGACCUGCCCCUCAUGCCACGGGAAAGAGUGUUCCCGAAGAACCUCUGAAAGAGAGAUGUUUUGAAGUGAUUUGCCUCACCAUUUGUGGUAGUGUCUCAGCUAAGGCCAGACCAGCCAGUUUACAUCAUCAGCCAAGAAGGCACAGAGGCACCUACAUGGACACUGCAUCAUGACAACAUUUAACCCUGUGGAUGGCUGCUGGAGCCUCCACUCUCAGGGAAGGCUCCAAGCCUCCACCUGAAAAGGUUGGGGAAAAAUGUCAAAGUUGAAAUUGAUGUUCAUGGCAGUCUGAAGAGGUCAAAAUGUGAACAGAGUAUUCAAAUUAAUCAACUACUAAUAUCACAUAUGGAUUUCCUUCCCAGAAGUAGUGUUCAUGUUCUUGCAGUGUGAUAUUUUUCAGUACUGUUGUGUAAUGUUGAAUAAAUGCUUUAAUUUCAAUAUGGAUCUGAUUUGUGUGUGCGUGUGUGUGUGUCAACUCUUAGCCUGUUGAAUUAUGAAACUGAUUCUCUGGGAAUGGUAAAGAUAUACUUUAUACAACUGACACUUGACUCCAUCUACCCUGGUGAACCUUUUAUCAUAAGUUACUUUAUACAAUGAAGAGAAUUUUGUAAGAAAUAACUGUGGUUACCAAUGAAAAAAGGAGAACCAGCAGUUCAGAGAGAUAUCGGUGACAUAGCUAGAAAGGAACAUUUGUGAGUUUGGUUGCUUGAUCUUUUGUCUUUUCUUCAGGAAAAAAGAAAUAAUACAACGCAGAGCUAAAGGCUGAAUACCUGCAUGCUAGUAGUACAAUGGUACUGAAACUCCUCUCAGAAUUGCUCUGAUUCACCACCAACAACAUAUCAAGCAUACAUCAAGUACUAAUCUUUUCUGAUGACAUUUCACAGGUUAAUGUGCAGACAAGAACAAAACUAAUUAGACCAGAACGGCAGUAGUGAGUAGUAACGACAUAUGCUUGUCAUCUUCUUUUAUUUGUCAUGAAAAGU